GACACAUUGAAUCUGUCAAAAUAUAGAGGGAACAUUCGCAAGUGACAAUUCUAUGCACAACACAAUUCAUUUGGCAUCUGAAGCGAAUACUAAGUCGUCCGCAAUUUCACAACGUAAAAUUUAAUGUAGAAAAAAGUUUCCGAUCAAAAUUAUCCAUUCGAUUCACAUCUAAAAUCGUCAAUUGGACGAACAAUUGAUUAAAAAGCAACAACGAUGACCAGUGAAGUGUUUAAACAGAACAACACAACGGCAUUGUCUAUUGGCCACAAAUUGUAUCUGGAUACAAAAACAUCCGACACGAAAUUCGCGUUUAAAGACAGUACUGAAAGCGUUGUAGCGCAUAAAAGUAUCCUAUCGAUUGGUAGCCCAGUGUUUGAUGCUAUGUUCUACGGAUCAUUGCCUGAAGAAACACAUAUUUUGAUUGUCGAUGCAUCUCCCAACGCGUUCAAGGAGUUUUUACAGUUUUUUUAUUUGGUCGAAGUGCAACUGUCGUCCGAACACAUUUUCGAAGUGGCAAAUUUGUGCAAGAAAUACGAGGUCAACGACGGUUUGGAGCUCUGCAAAUCUCCAAUGGAAAUGUCACUGACAAUCAAUAACAUGUGUUCGGGCUAUUCAGUGGCAUUACUACUCGAGAUGAAAAGCACCGUCGAAUUCUGCAAACGAGAAAUCACACAAAAGGCAACGGAAAUUCUAAAAUCGGCUAAUUUCCUGGAGUGCGAUCACAAGCUGUUCGAAAAUAUUAUACAGUUGUCGUCAUCAAAGUGCAGUGCAAUGGUCGUUGUUGAUGCGUGCAUGGCUUGGGCCAAAGCUGAAUGUGAUCGUGAAAAUCUGGAGCACACUUCUGCCAAUCUGAAAGCGCAACUCAAAGACACAAUCGAUUGCAUUCCUUUUGCUGAAUUGAAUUCGGAAGAGUUCGCCUGGCACACAAAAACGUACGAGCGAUUUUUCGACGAGGAUGAAUUGGAAGCGAUUAUUCUAAAGAAAGCAAAGAAAUACGAAGUGGGUGAAAUGGCAGCGUCAGCUUCAUGUAUUCUGGAUUGCGGCCCUGUGCAUAUAAAUAGAUGGUUUGGAUUUCUGGGCCAACAUCGAACAAUCGAACAUUCAUUCAGUUCGAACUCAAAACUACUGCUGAAGGAAAUUCAUACUACUACUUGUUCAGCUGGUAACCCUUGCGAUGCAAAAAUUACUCUUCAAAACUCUCAAAGUGGAAGAUCGAUGCUGCUGGGAAGUCUUCUGGCCAAUCGUUUAAUUUUACCAUUCCCAAUUGUUAUUGACCGAAAUAUAAAAUAUGAAAUCAAAUUUGAUUUUGGCACUGAAAAGCCAGUUAGUUCGAAACUGGGGCCCACAAAAAUCGUGCAAUCACAUAACGGCUGUGAAAUAAGUUUUCACGCUGAAAAUAGCAUCAUUUCACGUUUGAUUUUUGAACGAUUGGGAGCUUAGAAGCCAAAUUCAAUUGAAUUGAGUCGAAUUUUAUUACAAUCACUUCAAUUGAAUAUUCAAAAUAUGUGAAGAAGGUUCAUUCUUUUAAAAAAUUCCAAAUUUCUCUCAUUGUAUGAGUUGAUUCAUUUUAUCUAAGAUUAAGCUGAGUAGUGAACCUGAAAAAAAGUAAUAUUUUAUGAAUUGUCAAACCAAGUAAUUGAAUAAAACACCAUCGAAUUUAUUUCAAAUGCUAUUAAA